AAUCAAGAGAGAAAAAUGGGGGUUCCAUAAUUCAUAAUCAUCGAAAAGAGAGAAACAACCAGACGAAAGUUCCUGCAACAGGUAGGACCCGCCUAUUUAAAUCGGCGAUCGGAACUCCGGUCGUAGCGCAGAGCUGUCGUGCUUGUUCAGGCAGAAACACCCUUAAUUCUCUGCACCCAACUGUUAUUCAGUCUUCUUUCUUCUUCUUCUCUGUGGGUGUUUGUGAUUCGUUGAUAAUCACCCGCUAACCAUCAGAGGAUAGAGAGGAAUUUGGAAAGAUGUCUGGUCAAACCCAAAGGUUGAAUGUCGUUCCAACUGUGACAAUGCUUGGAGUUAUGAAAGCACGUCUUGUUGGUGCAACAAGAGGUCACGCGCUCCUCAAAAAGAAGAGUGACGCUUUAACUGUGCAGUUCCGGCAAAUUCUUAAGAAGAUUGUAUCUACAAAAGAAUCGAUGGGAGAGAUCAUGAAAACAUCCUCCUUUGCUCUGACUGAAGCCAAAUAUGUUGCUGGUGAGAACAUCAAGCACAUUGUGCUUGAGAAUGUUCAAAAUGCAUCUCUUAAAGUUCGAUCUCGUCAAGAGAAUGUUGCUGGUGUGAAGCUUCCCAAGUUUGAGUAUUUCACUGAUGGUGAGACUAAGAAUUCCCUCACUGGAUUGGCCAGGGGAGGUCAACAAGUUCAGCUCUGUCGUGCUGCUUAUGUGAAAGCAAUUGAGGUUCUUGUUGAGCUUGCUUCACUUCAAACAUCUUUCUUAACGCUUGAUGAGGCCAUCAAGACUACAAAUCGUCGGGUUAAUGCUCUAGAAAAUGUUGUGAAGCCCAGGUUAGAGAACACAAUAAGUUACAUCAAAGGAGAGUUAGAUGAGCUUGAAAGAGAGGAUUUCUUCAGGUUAAAGAAGAUACAGGGAUAUAAGAAGAGGGAGAUACAAAAACAACUUGAAGCUGCCAAGAAAUUUUCGGAGGAGCAGUUUGCAGAGAAGGUUUCUUUGCAGAGAGGGAUCUCACUUAAUUCAGCACAUAACUUGUUAGCUUCAGCUGCAGAGAAGGAUGAGGAUAUAAUCUUCUGAUGUUGAGUUGCUCACAGGGUAGGGUACUCCGUGAGAUGUGAGUUUUGCUGUGUUGCUUGUGUUCUGGGAAACACUUUUUUAUUAUUCAGACACAGAACCGGAUGUUUUGAAUAAUGGUGUAUGCAUGUUUCUAUUUAGCUGCUUUGAAAUAUUUGUAAUUGUUGCCUAGACUUGUUUUUGGUUUACAACUGAUAUUCUCUGAGUCGUUUUUCUCCCCUUGACUUCCCCAUUUUUGUGUAUGCAUAUAUCAUUAAGGGAAGCUGAGUUCC